CCCCAGCCAACCCUAAUCCCAGCAAAACCCUAAACCCUCGGUUUCCGGCGGCGUCGGCGGCGGCGGCUACAAGCUCUUCGUCGGCUCAGCACCAUGAGGCCACCGGCUAGAGGCGGACGCGGCGGGAGGGGAGGCAGGUUCGAUGGCGGCGGUCGUGGGGGCGGCGGUGGCCGGGGGUUUGGUGGUGGUAGAGGCGGUGGCGGAGGCAGGGGCGGGAGAGGUGGAAGGACGCCGAGGGGUGGCCGCGGUGGCGGUGGCCGGGGCGGCCGUGGUGGUGGCAUGAAGGGAGGGAGCAAGGCCGUCGUUGUGCCGCACAAGCACGCCGGUGUCUUCAUCUCCAAGUCCAAGGAGGAUGCGCUCUGCACCAAGAACAUGGUCCCGGGAGAGUCUGUCUACGCAGAGAAGCGUGUCUCUGUUCAGAAUGAGGAUGGAACAAAGGUUGAAUACAGGGUUUGGAACCCCUUCCGUUCCAAGUUGGCUGCUGCUGUGCUUGGUGGUGUUGACAACAUCUGGAUUGCUCCUGGUACUCGUGUCCUAUAUCUUGGUGCUGCUUCUGGCACAACUGUUUCUCACGUGUCUGAUAUCGUAGGACCGGAUGGACUGGUCUAUGCUGUUGAGUUCUCUCACAGGAGUGGAAGAGACCUUGUCAACAUGGCAAAGAAGAGGACCAAUGUUAUCCCCAUUAUUGAGGAUGCCAGGCACCCGGCAAGGUACCGGAUGCUGGUUGGCAUGGUUGAUGUUAUCUUCUCUGAUGUUGCACAGCCAGACCAGGCUAGGAUCUUAGCCCUUAAUGCUUCAUACUUUUUGAAGAAUGGAGGCCACUUUGUCAUUUCAAUCAAGGCGAACUGUAUUGACUCCACCCUGCCCGCGGAGGCCGUGUUUGCUGCUGAAGUGGAGAAGCUCAAGGCAGAUCAGUUCAAGCCUGCUGAGCAGGUUACCUUGGAGCCCUACGAGCGUGACCAUGCCUGUGUUGUGGGUGGUUACAGGAUGCCCAAGAAGCAGAAGGCUACCUCUUAGAUCUGAAUCGGUGCCUGUCCCUACCAAAGAAUGCUAUAUGUUGUAUUGGGGUGACAAGAAACUUUGAAGUAUUAGGGUUCUAUAUAGCAUCUACUAUGUGUACGGUACCUGCUGCAGUGUUGCUGGUUUAACGGCAGUUUUUUUGUUGAUGAAAAACGUUUGAGCCAUCAGCUUUGAUUUGUUGCUCUUGUUUCUUGAAGUCAC